CUUAAGCAGCGCGGGGAGCAGAGGGAGACCACAUUCCAGCGUGUUCACAAAUGUAGACAGGACUACGGCAACAACACCGCUAGCAGACAACGUAUAUUAACAUUUAUAACGUUACAUUGUACCUACGUGUGGUGUGAUGCCACGUGGUCUGGUGUGACAAAAUGACCAUCAUCCUGAGACUGCAAGGCCUCGAUGUGAAGGCAGGCACUGAAGAUAUUAGGAAAUUCUUUGGACAUCUUCACAUACCUGAUGGAGGAGUGUACAUCGUGGGAGGAAGUCUCAGAGAGGCUUUUAUUGCAUUCACCUCUGAAAGAGAUGCCCAGCUUGCCAUGCGGUACAGUGGAAAUUUCCUCAAAGGGUGUGUGGUGUCUCUGCACAUAAGCAGCAUGGCAGAGCUGGAGGAAAAACUCAACAUAUUGUUGAAGAAGAAAAAGAAACCCUCCCCCACGCACGCCACUGUUAAGAGACCUCAAACCUCUCCAGAUGCAGAUUUGCCACAUUUGAAACCCAACACUGCGAAUCUGAAACCACCUACUGCUCAGCCGCUGGAUCCAAGGACUGCAAAUCUGCAUAUUGCAAAUUUACAACCUUCAAAUGCACACUCACUUGAUUCCAAUACUGCCUUUCUUCUGGGGGUGUGUACUGUCCUUCAAGGUCUCCAGUCAUCCCUUACAAGUGAAAACAAUGAGGCAUUGCCAAGACUUGAUUUCCCCAGAGCUGACAACACAGCUGAGUUUGACGAGGUGAGUUCGCCAGAGCAAACUCUGGACCCAAGCCCAGGCUACGUCAGGCUUUUUGGUCUGCCAUCCUCUGCUUCAAAAGAAGUCAUCUGCCAUUUUUUCAAAGGGUUGUCUGUGCAGGAAGCCAUUGUGAAUGUAGAGCUGGGACGCAGCCGUGGCUGUCUGGUGAAGUUUGCCAGCAUGCAGGAUGCAAGUGAAGCUCUUCUCUUCAACCAGCAGUCACUGGGGCCCUUUUGUGUGGAGGUACGUGGAGCAACUGAGAAGAUGUGGACCAGUGCUGUGCAAGAAUGUGAAACUGCUUUGGAUGUUGGGGUGAAACCCAAGCAGAAUCCUCUGAGGGAAACUGCAAACCACAAACACAGAAAUGCUUCUGCCCUGCAGAUGAAGAGGAAAUCUGUCAAUAAGUCGCCAUCUGUGUCACCAAAAAAGCCAAGAUCUGACAGUGACUCCACAACCACCAUAUCUCCAACUGAGGAGCACACUGUCAUGGUUAGGAAUCUGCCCAAAGGGAUGACCAAGACUGAAAUAAAAGAAUUGUUUGGGUGUCCAAACAUUGCACACAAAAAUGUGCUACAUCUGCUCGACAAAGAAGGUAACAGAACGGACACUGCUUUUCUUAUUUUUAACCGCACUGAGGAUUACGACUAUGCACUGAACCUCAGCGGCUGCCAUGUGGGCUCUGAUGCCAUUGAGGUCUCAUCAACCACUAGAAUGAUAAUGAGGGACAUGAUGGCAAAAAGCCAUUACAGGAGUCUUAAGCCUUGUCCAAAGACAGACACAAUGAAGAAACCAAAUCGAAAGAGGAAAUUAAAUCCAGCUGUGACACCAGAAGAAGCACCAAGCGUGAACCCGGACCCGGCAGCCCAGACAUGCUUGUUUGUCAGAAACAUGCCAGCAGAUGUGAUGAAAAGUCACAUUAAAAGUCUUUUCUUCAAGUACAAAGUGAGGAUGGACAGCAUCGUCUUACUGCAUGACGGUGAUGGCAAGGGUAUCGGUGAGGCCGUGGUCCAGUUUAAAUCACAGAAACUCGCUGCACUUGCUCAGAAGCUGCACGGUCAGGACUUCCUGGGGACAAAAGUGCUUCUUACCCGUAUAAACGUGAAGCAGAUGGAGGACAUCUUGGAGAGAAAUGCUUGAGGAUGUUGAAUAUCAAUGCUCGAAUGCACACAACCAUGUUAUAGACUGCUUCUUUUCUACCGAGUUGGUUUUCCAACUUUAAAUCUGCUUGAUUGCAGCCAUCUGCUUAAAUUUCAGUUUUCUAGUUAUUAAAUGUCUUGCUUAACAUCUCACUGUUACACUUUGCUUUAUAUUACACCUGUGUACAUUCCAGACAUUUGAAAAUAAACUUUUAUACCGUU